AUGUGUUUCGGUAUUACGCCACAGAAGAAAAGGGACUACUACUACCGAGAAGAGGUAGUACCAGCGACAAGAUAUCACCACCACCAUAGUCACCACCACCACCCGGCAAGAGCAAGUUACCACAGCCACACCUCGCGACACUCGCAUUACGGCCACAGCCCGCGGGCUAGCUACCACAGCCACCACAGCGGCCCUGUUGUGUACGAAAAGCGCACGUCCCGGCGAUACAUAUGA